AUGCCACAGCGCGACCGGGCCGACCGCCCGCGGCUCGUGUACAAGGAGUCGCUCAUCCUCGGCGUCGGCGUCGGCCUCUUCGUGCAAGAGAGCGUGGGCGCAGGCGAAGUCGUGGCGCUACCCGCCUUAACGCAGCCGGUCGAGGAGCCCAAGUCGCUCGCCGCCAGCGUGGUCGCGGCGCCGCCCGUCGAGGUCCGCGAGUCGCUGAUCGCAGGCGUUGGGCUAGGCCUCUUUGCAGUGACCGAUCUCGUGCCCGGCGAUGUUGUCUCUGUGCCUAGCGCCAAAGCCUCGGCGCCCAUGCGAACGUCCGCCACGACCAAGCGGGCAGGCAAGCGACGGCUCUUGACGCUGGACGACGCCGAUCAGCGUCGCAAGCAUGGCGCUCCGACGAUCGUAGUGCGUGAAAGCUUGAUUGCGGGCGUGGGCUUGGGCGCGUUCGCAGCCGACGAUUUUGAGCCGGGCGACGUCCUCGGGGCCCUGGACGAGGCCAAGGACUCGUGGAACGAACCGUUCGAGACUUUAUUUUCGACGGCCCCUGCCCCCGCCGGCGCCCCUGUCCUCGACGACUGGACACACUUGGUGUCCGCGCCUGAGAUGCAGUCGGCCCACCGCGCGAUGCUGUGUCGGAACCCGGCUGUGCCCGACCAUGGGUGGCUGCGGCUCACGAAGAAGCAGCUGAUGCUGCUGCUCGAGAACGACGACGACGACACGAUCUUGAACGUGCCGCUGUCCAUCAAGAGCCUCGCCCUACGCCUCCGUAGCGAUAAGACGUUGUAA